CAGAGGUGGAGGAAGCCGGAAGUGGACCGGGCCGGGGUCUGUCCGGGCGUUGCGGGUUUGGGCCCUGAAAUCGCUCCGGUCGGGGUAACUGAGGAGCCCGUGAGCGGGACGGAGCGACGCCAUCCCGGCACUGAAGCCUGCUGACUGGCAGGCCCUGUGCGCCCCGCGGAGGUCGGCGGCGACCAGCAGCGACCGCAGAGCGACGGCGGGCGGCCCCGGACAUGUACGCCCCCGGAGGCGCAGGGCUGCCCGGCGGGCGCCGGCGGAGAAGCCCGGGAGGCAGCGCUCUGCCCAAGCAGCCGGAGCGUAGUCUGGCCUCGGCCCUGCCGGGUGCCCUGUCCAUCACCGCGCUCUGCACCGCGCUCGCCGAGCCUGCCUGGCUGCACAUCCACGGUGGCACCUGUUCCCGCCAAGAGCUGGGGGUCUCCGACGUCCUAGGCUACGUGCACCCGGACCUGCUGAAAGACUUCUGCAUGAAUCCCCAGACAGUCCUGCUCCUGCGGGUCAUUGCCGCCUUCUGCUUCCUGGGCAUCCUGUGCAGCCUCUCUGCGUUCCUUCUGGAUGUCUUUGGGCCCAAGCAUCCUGCCCUGAAGAUCACCCGUCGCUAUGCCUUCGCCCACAUCCUCACAGUCCUGCAGUGUGCCACAGUCAUCGGCUUCUCUUACUGGGCUUCUGAACUCAUCCUGGCCCAGCAGCAGCAACAUAAGAAGUACCACGGGUCCCAGGUGUACGUCACCUUUGCUGUUAGCUUCUACCUGGUGGCUGGCGCUGGCGGGGCCUCCAUCCUGGCCACAGCGGCCAACCUCCUGCGCCACUACCCCACGGAGGAGGAGGAGCAAGCGCUGGAGCUGCUCUCGGAGAUGGAGGAGAAUGAGCCCUACCCGGCAGAGUACGAAGUCAUCAACCAGUUCCAGCCGCCCCCGGCCUACACACCCUAGUGCCCCGUGGGCUUUGGUCCUGGGCCGCCCUCCCCACUCUACAGCGCCGCCCCACCCAGAGGUGCUCCUUUCCCCAGCAGGUCUCACUGGUAGGAUCCUGACCACCGCCACCAACCUUCCCCAGGAGACACUCUACCUUUAGGGCUGUUCCUGGAUCCCCGCUCUCGAAACCUGGGGUUCACUGAUUUUAGAUAACACACUCUUUUCCCUCUUGAACCUGCCUCUCCCUCCACGGUCACUAGUCAUUACCAACCAGGGACGGUCAUACACGUUUCCCCCUUUGUGAGCCUGAUCUCUGAGGCUGAGAUUUUCCCUGGGGUGCUGUUGACAGUGGACAGUCCCUGAUGGAAGAAGCAUCCCUGGAACCCAAGGGAAAGGGGACCAUGCCCCGCAGGCUCGCCUCAUAGCUGUCCCCAUGUGUCCCCCAGCGGUAACUCUGGACCGAGCCCCUCUCCCGCCCCUUCUGGGAAAACCCAGCACAGGGCCGCCUGCCCUGUGGAUUUCUCUGCACUUUAGUCUUUGGACUGCCCGUCACGUGGGUCCUGUUUUUGCGGGAAGAAGGGGUGGCCUCCAGGAAGCAGAGCAAGUACCUGCCCUGCCCCAUCCCUGGCUGGUAGCCCGAGGCCUGGUGGGGAAAGUGGGUCUCCUGAGGCCCAGAAAGGACCAUUGUGAAGAGGGCCGCAUCACCCCAGCCCCAUCACCUCUUAAAAUGUGAGUGGUUUUUAAAAGGGAAAAACAGCCAAGCAACACCACCAACACUCUGUUUUUAAACUAGUGACAAGAACGUUGUCUAUUGAUCCCAUCCCUUUUGGCCCUGCAGCGUUUGGGGCCCCGUCCCUUCCAGUCCCUGGCCUUUGCUCCCCGAAUCUCUCCCGGCAGAAUGCAGCCCUCUCCGUCCCCCCCUCCCUCCCUCCCAGUGGCCGUGGCUCCUGGGGGCCUUCUGUGGGACCCAGAGCUGCAUCAUUGCCCAGCGGCGGGCUGAGGACUGUGGCCUGGCUGGCUGGCCAGCGUGGUGCUCCUCAGGACUGCAGCGCUGAGACAUAACCUGGCCUCCGUGUAGAAGCUGGGGCAGCAGGGCAGGAAGCCCGCCACCCUCCACAUAGGAACCAUGCCCAGGGGACCCCGCCGCGUGAGGCGUUGGAGCUGCCUGGUCAAGACGGGCAGACCGCCUGUGUCCUCCAGGCUCGACGGGACCCCUGGACUGUGACUCGGGGCGGUGGCUUGCUGCACACCCCUCUCCCCUUCUUGAAUGUACUCUGGUCUCACAGCGCGCUACCAGCUCUUUCUUGCCCGGCCAUCACUGGCUGUCUUGUUUGCCACAUGUGGCCCUGGAUCAGCUGAGUUUUCUGCCCUGAGACCUGGGGUAUCAAGUGGGAGAAAUCUGAGAGCUUCGGUGCAGAUCCAAAUGGCCAUGCUUCUUGGGAAUCUGUCCAGGGUUGAGCAGAAAAGCAGACAGAUCUUCGUGUCCUUCACAGGCCAUGGACAGAGUAAGACUGGGGAACGGACACCAUUGUCGACCUGUGACUCGAAGGGACUGUCAUGUCCCCGUCAUUCCGUGGCCAGACUGCCCAAGGGUGUCUGGACAGAUGUCCAUUGGGGUGGUGAAAGCCGUGCCUGCGCCUGAGUGAGCGGCCGCCUGGGGCUCUGUGAUGCCAAAGCGUCCCAUGGUGACUCACACUCUUCCGGACUCUUCUCUCAGGCAAGAAUGUGUGAUACCUGAGCAUAGUCAUGAAGCUCAAAUCAGUCUCGUCUUGCUCUAAUGUGCGAGUUUGUCUUGGAAGAUUUCCAGGGCAUGGACAGCUCUCUUGACCCUGGGGGUCUGAGCUGGCAGACCAGGAGCCCGGGCACCGAACACGCAUGCCAAAGUGACUGGUCAUCUCACGAGGACCCACACCCAGGACCCUGUGAGCCGUUCCAUGUGGUUCAGAAUCCAGUUUUUAUUAGCUCCCCAAGCCUCUAGCCUUUCUUUCUCUUUUCCCCUGCCCUUCUGACACUGAUAGUUGUCAUAUAAACUCCCCUGGUUGUGUUCUUUUUUUUUUUUUUUCCUAGAAAAAAAAAAAUUAAAAAGCAAAACAAAAAAACCAGAAACCACAAGUAAGAA